UGUUGUAAGUGGAGUCUCGUUUCACCAGACCAUGUGCCCCGAUGUUUUCCGUGGGGUAUGGGGAGGCAGCCGCUGUCGUGAUAGUGUCGUACAAACCCUGCGAUCCUGCAGCUGCACUGCAGACAGAUGCCAUGCCAAGGACCAGUACAUUAACCAGCUUCACAACACCCUCCAAUCAGCUGUCCCCAAGCAAAUAGCUGCUUUCAUCGCUGAACCCAUCCAGGGCGUUAAUGGGACGGUCCAAUACCCGAAGGGGUUUCUGAAGGAGGUUGCUGAGAUUAUCCGAGAACGGGGUGGAUUAUACAUUUCUGAUGAGGUGGGAGACACU